AUGGCGGCCUUUCCACGGUUCAGGUUCCUGGCCAUCGCCGUCAUCUUCCACUUCGCCUACAUCUUUUCCAUUUUCGACAUCUACUUUGUCAGUCCCAUUGAGACGGGCAAUGCGCUUGUUCAAUCGGACCGACUGGUUCUGUUCGUAGGAGACGGCUUGCGCGCCGACAAGGCACUCCAACCUCUUGCCCCCUAUUUGCGAUCAAAGAUCUUGGAACAGGGAACCUUUGGUGUCUCCCAUACGCGUGUACCGACCGAAUCUCGACCCGGCCAUGUUGCGCUCAUCGCCGGUCUGUACGAAGAUGUGUCAGCCGUCACGACAGGAUGGAAGUUGAACCCGGUCAAUUUUGACAGCUUGUUCAACCGCAGUCGGCAUACGUGGAGCUGGGGCAGCCCGGAUAUUCUACCAAUGUUUGAGCAGGGAGCUGUCCCGGGGAGGGUCGACGCCUACACGUACGGACACGAAUUUGAGGAUUUCUCGUCCGACGCCACCCAGCUCGACCUCUGGGUCUUUGACCAUGUAAAGGACUUCUUUGCUGAGGCCCGCAGGAACAAGGCGCUUGCUGAGGCGCUUCGCCAGGACAAGAUUGUCUUCUUCCUGCAUCUGUUAGGUUUGGAUACUACGGGUCAUUCAUACCGCCCUUACUCAAAGGAGUACCUUAACAACAUCAAGAUUGUGGAUCAGGGCGUGAAGGAGGUUGCUGAGCUCUUCCGCGACUUCUACCGCGAUGAUAGGACUGCGUUUGUGUUUACCGCAGACCACGGCAUGAGCGACUGGGGAAGCCAUGGUGAUGGUCACCCGGACAAUACGCGGACCCCCCUGAUUGUUUGGGGUUCAGGGGUUGCCAAGCCUCAACUCUACCCAGGUGAAGUGGCGCCCGGCCAUGAUGAGUACUCUGCGGACUGGAACUUGGACCACGUCAGGAGGCAUGAUGUCGCUCAGGCCGAUGUUGCUGCUCUCAUGUCCUACCUUGUUGGCGUCGAGUUUCCUGCCAACUCGGUCGGCGAACUUCCCCUGUCGUACCUUGCUGCCGACAUCAAGGAGAAGGCCGAGGCGUCGCUGGUGAAUGUGCAGGGUAUCUUGGAGCAGUACCGUGUGAAGGAGGAAAAGAAGAAGGCCACUGAGUUGAAGUACAGGCCGUACCAGCCGUUCGGUGACAACGGCCUUUCCCCGGAACGUCGCGUUGCCGACAUCCGCCAGCUCAUUGACGCCGGCCGUUACGAGGAAGCCAUUGAAGAAUCAGCUGCCCUUAUGAAGGUCGGUCUUGGUGGCUUAAGAUAUCUCCAGACCUACGACUGGCUGUUCCUGAGAGCGCUUAUUACCAUCGGUUAUCUGGGCUGGAUCGCGUAUGCUCUUACAAUGGUCGUUGAUUUGCACGUCCUACAUAGUCGUGUGCGACCUUCGAGAACGCUUAGCAAAGGCCUGUUCUUCACAUCUGUUCUUGUUGCCCUCUAUGCGUCCUUCACCAUCUCAAAGUCACCCCUCACUUACUACGCCUAUGCCUUCUUCCCGGUCUUUUUCUGGGAAGAAGUCUAUGCGCGUCGCGAAAGCCGCAAGGAAUUGCUUGGCCAUAUCAACUCGGGUGGAAGUGUUGCUUCCGCGCUUUAUGUUGGCUCGCUUGCCCUGGGCUACAUCCACCGCGAGAUUCUCACCAUCCUCUUUGUGCUGGGUUCUUUCUGGCCUUUCACCCACGGCCUGUCGUUCCUCAAAAAGCAUGGUGCGCUAUCUGCCACUUGGUUCCUCUCCUGUAUCGCCAUGAGCACGUUCACGCUCCUACCAGCGAUGAAGGCAGAGAACGUCCAUCUCAUUACGAUCGGAGGCGUAUUGAUGGUCGUCAUUGGCCUUCUUUACCUUAUUUUCGAGGACUUUGUCCUCGCCGACUUCUCAUGGAACGCGAAGCCUACUUCCAGGAACCACUUGUCUAGGUCGCUCGUCGGUAUCCAAGUAGGCCUCACUGUGCUUUCCAUCAUCAUCACCCGCUCCAGUGCCCUUUCGCUGCAGGCCAAGCAAGGUCUACCUCGCGGCAACCAGAUCAUUGGCUGGGUUACUCUUGUCGCAUCACUCCUCAUGCCCUUGGCCUACCGUUUGCAGCCCAACAACCACUACAUGCACCGGAUCCUCGUCAUCUUCCUCACCUGUGCCCCGACCUUUGUCAUCCUCACCAUCCUACGAAGGUCUCUUCUACCUCGCCUUCUCCGCCCUCCUCGUCAGCUGGGUUCGCCUGGAACACGCAGUCCAGACGUUCUCCUCCAAGGCGCCACAGACCACCACCACCAAGAAACCAACCACCGAAUCUCACCUCCCAGCCCCCUUCCGCCCCUCACACUCCACGACGCCCGCGUCGCCCUCUUCUUCUUCAUCCUCCUGCAAUCCGCCUUCUUCUCAACCGGCAACGGCGCCAUGCUGAUCCUCAAGCUGAUGAUCCCCUUCGCCCUCAUCAGCGCCAACCUGGGCAUCCUGAACAAGCGUCUCGGCGUGGCCCCUUCGGCCCUGUUCAUGGUGGUCAUGGGCAUCAGCGACAUUUUGACGCUGUACUUUUUUUGGGUGGUUAAGGAUGAGGGCAGCUGGUUGGAGAUUGGAAGCACGAUUAGUCACUUUUUAUUGCGAGCUUAUUGUGCCGCUUUGGAGCCGGUUAGUGCGGCGUUUAUUGCUGGGGUUGAGGUUGGAGAGGAAGGUGAACUGAAGGAGGAGGGGAAGGUGGCGGAGAAGGUGGUGGAGAAGGUUAAUGAGGUUGUUGAGGGGUUGGUUGGUGGUGGUGAUAGUUGA